AUGGUACGACUUAACGAUGCGAAACAGUCUUUACUGCUGAAUCCCGAGUCCUGGACGCCCAAGCAGCUUGAAGAAUGGCUCCAGCAUUUCGAAAAUGGGCGCUAUGCGCGAUUUGUCGGUCCUUUAAAGGGCCGCAGGGGCGCAGAGGUUUUGCGCUUUACAACUGCCAACUGGGCACAACUCACUCCUCCAGAAUUAGCGACAAGUCUCCGAUUUACACUUUUAGGUAUGGUGCAGGUGGCCUCAAAUGAUGACACGCUCGCAAUUGUGACGGAUUUUGUGCCGCUCGCCCAUUCACCUGCGAAAUUUAAGCGGAUAUCUCAGGAUAAAAUCAUGCCAGUUAAGUUCCCACCAAUGGUAGAAGUACCUUCUGUGCCAAUUUUGAUCCUCUCAACGCUCUUUGUGAUCUUGACGAUUUUGUGUUUCACGGUGUUGCGUGGACCUCUUGCUGAUAUUGGUAUCGACUCGGAGAGUCUUGUGAAAUAUGGAUCUAUUCCGCUCGUCAGCGUUGUGUUUACGUACCUCCACAUUUGGGUGGCGCUUUGGAUGACAUUUUACCCGCUCAAGUAUGCUGGAUGUUUGCAAAUUCCAAACACCAAUACAGGCCUUGGAUGGCAAGGAAUCGUCCCAAACAAAGGAGAGAAAAUGGCGCGACAAGCUGUGCAAAUGAUGACUAAACGGCUUCUGCAUGUUUCGGAAAUAUUUGCAAGGAUCGAGCCAUCUCAAGUGGUUCGAGAACUGGAGCCAAUUCUGUUUUCGACAAUUCAUACAGUGGUGGAAGAUAUGGCCUUGAAGUACAGCCCAGAACUGUGGGCAGUCUUACCGAUUAAGGUGAAGGAGGAGAUAAUUGAGAAGGUUAAAGAAGAAUCUCCGGCUCACAUUGAGGCACUUAUGGACGAGAUUCGAAAUAAUAUUGAGGACGUGUUUGACUUGGAGGAUAUGGUUGUAACCAGUAUGUGCAAAGAUAAACAGCUUCUCGUUAAUAUGUUUAUAACUUGUGGUUACUCAGAACUUGCCUUCAUUCGUAACUCGGGCGCUUACAUGGGUGGCAUUUUUGGGCUCAUACAAAUGGGUAUUUGGUUCGUCUAUUCAGACCGCAUCGUGGUAUUCCCUGUGAUUGGCUUACUUGUAGGCACUAUCACUAACUGGCUAGCUCUAAAGAUGAUUUUUGAACCAGUGAACCCGAAAAAGUAUUGCGGAAUCACUUUUCAUGGCCUUUUUCUUCGUCGGCAGAACGAGGUCGCCGAAGUUUAUGGAAAGAUGGUGGCUCGUGAUGUUUUGAAUUCACGAAAUAUUUUUGAGGCUAUUUUAAAGGGCCCGUAUUCUGACCGUCUGUUCGAACUUGUAUACGACAAUGUUCAAGAGGCCGUUAACGCUGCCACUCAAACUACUCAGAAGCUUAUUAAUUUUAGUAUUGGCGAGGAAGUGUAUGCGAACAUUAAGGAUGAUGUGACGAAUCACAUUGUCGAAAUUUUUCCGGAGAGUCUGCGCCAAAUUGAAAGCUACGCUACUGUUGCCAUGGACUUGGAGGUGACUUUGCGCGAGAAGAUGAAGCUGCUAAGCUCAGAGCAAUUUGAAAAUUUACUUCAUCCAAUCUUUGAGGAAGAUGAAUGGAAACUUGUGGUCAUGGGAGGCGUGUUAGGAGUUGUGAUUGGCCUUGUACAAGUCUUUCUUAUUAAUCAUUAG